AUGACGCGCACGAGCACCCAGCAGCAGUCGAGAGGUCAUGCAGGGCACUCGCACCACGGCCACGGCCACGGUCACGCACACGAUACCUCCUACCUGACCUCCCAGAACAAGAAUGAUGCCGGAGUCAGGAUCACAAGAAUUGGGCUGUUCGUCAACCUGGGCAUGGCCAUUGGGAAAGGGGUCGGAGGUGUCGUGUUCCACUCGCAGGCACUGAUUGCCGACGGCUUCCACGCCCUCACCGACCUGGUGUCCGACUUCAUGACCCUCGCCACCAUCUCGUGGUCCCUGAAACCCGCGACGAGCCGAUUUCCCAGUGGAUAUGGCAAGAUUGAGAGCUUGGGUGCGUUGGGAGUGAGCGGGCUGCUGCUCUUCGGAGGUAUUGGGAUCGGCUUAAAUGGUUUGGAUGCCCUUUAUACACAGUUCAUGCUCGAUCCUGCGGCUGUGGUGCAUGCCCAUGAGCAUGCGGAACAUGGCGGUGGGGGGCUGUUCUCGUUUCUAGGACACAGCCAUAGCCAUGGACCUGCGUUACCAGACCUCAACGCUGCGUGGCUUGCGGCGGGCUCUAUUGUGGUGAAAGAAUGGCUAUAUCGAGCGACUAUGAAAAUUGCCCGAGAACGCAAAUCGUCCGUUUUGGCCUCCAAUGCAGUCCAUCACCGCAUCGAUUCCUUGACCAGCAUCGUGGCCCUUGCCACUAUUGGUGGCGCACACAUCUUUUCGGACGCUUCGUGGCUUGAUCCCGUGGGCGGGCUGGUGAUUUCAGCCAUGGUAAUAAGAGCAGGCUGGAACAACUCAAAGACCGCUCUCCUCGAGCUCGCAGAUGUCACCGUGGACGAUGAGAUCAAGAGCCUAGUCCGUAGAGCUGCGUCCAGAGCUCUGAAAGGCGAUACCGCAAAGGGUAUUGAGCCGGUUGAGUUUGGCAACGAGACAGAGAUCAGAGACAUCCAAGGGGUUAAAUCGGGUCAGAACUAUCUGAUAGAUAUCGAGCUCGGGGUGCCCAAGGACUUCACCCUAGAGCAGAUGCAGAAUAUCGAAGAGGCUGUGCGGGAGAGAUGUGGCUCGAAAGUCCGCGGAGUCAGACGGGUUCGCGUCAAAUUUGUCCAGCUGGGAGAUAUGGAUGCCACCCUUGCCGGCGACUUCAUUGCUACGGACGUGAGUCCAAGGAGCAGCCCAGAGCCGGAAGAUGAACGUGAUGAGCAUGGCCAUCACCACCACGAAGAAGGGCAAGGACAUGACCAUCCUCACCAACACUUGAAUGGCCAUGCCACGACAGCGAGCAAAAAGAAAAAGGAUUCCUGA